CGCGGGUGAAUAAGAGACAAUUGUUGUUAUUGUUUGUGAACAUCUUUAUUGUUAAUUGUUGUUUCCAUUGAUUAUUUCCUACUGCUGGUUGAUUUUCUGUUUUAAUUUAACGUUUAGUGAAUAUUUAAUUCAUCAUAAUGUCCUCGCCUGAUGAUGGUCUUUCCGAUCAGAAUCAGUAUCCUGUUGAAUCGACGAAUAUGAAGUUGGUUAAAGUGGUUCCCUUGCCUCAUGCUCGUUCUGAGGUUUGGGCUUAUUUUGGAUUCAUUGCUGGAGAUGAUGGUGAAAUUCAGGAUAAAAAGAAAGUCGUCUGUAAACUGUGUGCCACUACUUUAUCGUAUUCUGGUAAUACAACGAAUCUUUUCACCCAUUUGAAAGCGCUCCAUCCGGAAGCAAAUCCAUCUAAAAUGACACCAACCUCAAAACCUAUCAGAGGAAAAAAGGGUAAAUUUAAAUUUAUUGGUUUCUCAACCGGUGACAGUGUGGAAAACGAAAAUCAAGAAUAUAUUGUACGAGGUAUAACCUUUGGUGAUUCAAGUUCAAUGCCGAUAACUUUCGUUGCUGAAGAUGAAACACCAAAUACCAGUGGAGGUGAUGGUGAACAUCCAACCGAAAUGAACACUCAAGAAGAUUAUGUACUUUCCACAUCAACUGGAUUAUCCAGUACAAUGGAAACAACGACCGAAGUGGAAACAUCUAAUGAUAUUAGUCCAGAAAAUAUUCCCUUACUUUCGUGUGACGAUAUAACCAAUGCAAUUGUCAAUAUGUUGGUGGAAGACUGUAGACCAAUUUGUUUAACCCAAGGAAAAGGAUUUACCGCUUUAAUCAAAUUUUUAGCUCCUGGUUACAAGAUUCCGGAAGAACUCAAACUGAAAUCAUUGGUUAAAAAACGACACAAAGAAAUUCAAAGAACAUUAAUUUUAAGAGGUCUCGAUGAUGAAUAAUUAGUUAAUUAGUUAAACAAUUAGUAAUCAUGGAUAAUUUAAUAAUAAUUACCAGUUUUCACUGACAAUGCCUGUAUCACCAUCAGCGACUAGUGUUAAUCAUCACCAGAUCUACUUAUUAUUAUUAUUUUUUUUUGAUUCGACUGAAAAUAUUUAUACAAUGAAUCUUUCUCUCUCUCUCUCUUUCGCACUCACACUAAUCACUCUUAUAUACAUUAUCAUUCAUCAUCUUCAUCAUCAUAACUGCUACCAUUAUCUUCACCCUAUUCCAUUACAAUUAUCAUCAACAUUACACUUUCUUUUUGUAAUUGUAAUAUACAAACGGAUUCAUCAAUUAACUACAAUUAACAAAUCAUAUUGAAAAACAAUUGUAACAAAAAAAAGCAAAAUAAGCUCAUAAAAUUUGUAUUUUAACAGAUUAAUUAAUGUAAAACAAGUAGCGAUCAAUUGUCAAUUGUUUUACAUGAUUAAGGUAAAAUAAUAUACAUUAAUUGUAACUAAUUAACUCUGUAAA